CAGCGCUGCCAUCGGUCCGAGUUAAUCAUCCUCCGACCUCGUAACACAGGGCAGAGAAAGCGGUGAAGGACGUGUGUAUCCAGAUUUAGCGUUCGCCUGGUGUUGUUCGGCGCGAGGUACAGGAGGGACAGAUCCAGCAUGCUGCAGCUGGUGGUCGCCAUGGUGGUGGCGGCGUGCGCCACGCUGGCGCUCUACGCCUACUACUCGCUCUCCUACUGGACGCGCCGGGGCAUCCCCCAGAUCCCUUCGGCGCGGUUCCCUCUGGGCCACAUCUGGAAGACUGUGCUCCUCCGGCUCUCCUUCGGAGAAGAGUGCAGCAGCCUCUACGAGAAAGUCCCGGCGUCGACGCCGCUGGCAGGCGCUUACUUCUUCACCAACCCUGCCGUCGUGGUCAGGGAUCCGGACCUCAUCAAGAGGAUGCUGAUCAAGGACUUCCAGCACUUCCACGACCGCGGCCUCUACAUCAACGAGGAAGUAGAUCCGCUCUCUGGACACUUAUUCCUAAUGCCCGGCGAGAGAUGGCGCUUGCUGAGGAAUAAGCUGUCUCCCACAUUCACAUCGGGAAAGAUGAAGAUGAUGUUUCCGAUAAUGGAGAAUUGCGCACGCGAACUGGCUGAAGUGCUGGACGGCGGCUCCGGGGAAGCCGAGUUCCGCGACCUCGCGGCGCGCUUCACCACUGACGUCAUCGCCUCCUGUGCCUUCGGAUUCGAAGUGCACAGCCUGCAGCACCCCGAUGAAGAAUUUCGCUACUGGGGCAAGCGGUUGGUUACGCCGACGACCGUCGAAUCGCUCCAGUCGAGCUUCUGCAAUAUGUUCCCGAAACUCGCCUACAUUUUUCGGAUCCAUUCUGUACCUUUAGACGUGGACAGAUAUUUCACUAAUUUGGUGAAGGACACCAUGAACUACCGGGACUCUCAAAAAAUAUCAAGAGGGGAUUUCUUGCAGCUUCUCAUGAACUUGCGUGACGACCAGAGGGUAGCUGAGGAAGAUCAGCAAAAGUCGGCAAGUUCAAAGGACAUAAAGCUAAACAUUGGGCAGCUCGCAGCACAGUGCGCAGUAUUUUUCCUGGCUGGUUUCGAGACAUCCUCAACGACGAUGAGCUUCGCGUUGCACGAGCUAGCGCUCAAUCCAGACAUUCAGAAGAAAUUACAACAGGAGAUCGAUGAGACUAUACAAAAAUCUAAUGGGCAGUUGACGUAUGAUGACGUUAUGAACAUGCCGUAUCUUGAUAAGGUUGUUUCAGAGACACUGCGAAAGUAUCCACCGGUACCAGUGCUGAACCGCGAGGUGACGCAGGCGUACAAAGUGCCGGACACGGAGUGGGUGCUGGAGAAGGGCACCUCGGUCAUCAUACCCGUGCUGGCGCUGCACUACGACACGCAGUACUUCCCACAGCCCCAGCGCUUCGACCCGGAGCGCUUCUCGGAGGAACAGAAAAACGACAGGCCCGACUUCGUCUACCUGCCGUUCGGUGAUGGCCCACGUGUUUGUAUUGGUAUGCGAUUCGGCCUGAUGCAGACCAAAAUCGGACUGGCUAGUUUGCUCAGUCGCUACAACAUAGAGACCUGCAGUCGGACUGUCAAGGAGCUGAAGAUGGAUCCGCGUUCGUUCAUCUUGAAUCCAGUCUCUGGCAUUUGGUUACGUUACGUUGCGAGAUCCCAGAAAGCUUAACUGUGUUUUUGUGAACAUCUGUAGACAUAAAUGUUGUAAACAUAAAGUCCAUUAUUUUUAUAAUACUUGCCUCAGCAAGGUGUUUCCGAAAGCAGUUACCAACUCUCAAGGGAUGGAAAGAGGCACAAAUUUAGAUUUAACUGACUUUGAAACUGUCAUGACUUGCUUAUCGAUGUGCGCAGGGAAGGAUUCUUUGAACGACUCCAGGAUACACCUGUACAGAAAAUACGUGUUAAUUACAUCCAAAGUCCGCUGUAUGUGUAUGUUAUACCUCUUCCACAUUAUAGACCAUUUAUAUAUGCAUAUUUUCUUAUCUGUACUAUUUAUGUGUGCGUCUAAUUAGUGACCGUCAAAGUCUUUUAUAGUAGCUGUUGUUUUAUGUAAUAUAUGAAUUACGUAUCAUCUAUCGAUAUAAUCUUAGUGAAUCUUUGACUGUAUUGGAGCAGACGACUUUUAAGACCGUCUGCACUUCGCAUUUUUGUGUGCUCUUUGCGAAUCAAAAGAUAACGUUAUUGUAGAAAUGUGACAAAUAUUGAAUUACAGUUGCAUCAGUUCGUAGUCUUAUUUCUGAGGCAGCAUGUUGUAAGUUUGUUUGUCCAGCUUUGAUAAAUGUGUAGAGUUCAGACGAAAAAGUUCAUGUUUUGUUGUAAGGCUGGUUAUCAUUAAUCUAAAGUAAACACCUACAAUAAAUGGAAAUUUUUUUGUACCAUGCUUUCGAAAUGAAUACCACUGUUCGUUAUAAGUUAA